AUGAGCACCAAUAAAACUCAAAGGAGGCUGCUCAAGUUCGCAGAUGAGGGCACCCAGUCCAGCUCUCUUGGCGGAGGAGAAAGGGUGCGCUUCAAGGGGCUCGCAGAUGACACACAGCAGCAGCUCCACAGCUCCGCUCCUGUCAGACCCUUCAAUGGCAGCGCCCGCUCCAAUGGCAGUGUACAGACAGCACAGAACAAGCACCGGCCGCACAGCCUGCGGGACCUGAGGAGCCUGGAGGAGUGUGUUCGCUUCCUCAACCACUGGAAGGAACAGGUGGAGCAGGUCUGUAAGGCGGGAGAGGAAGAGAAGGCCAAGGCAGACAAGGUGAAGAUGGACUCCCGCACGGUGCGAAGCCUGGAAGAGAGCCGCAAGCUGAUCCUGGAGUGGGCCAAGGAACUCAACAAUGUGGACAUGCUCUCCAAAGACAGUCCCUGGAUGCAGAAGAGCUACUUGGAAAAGGUAGAGGAGGAAGAGGAGGAGAGGGAGGAGAAUGAAAACCAGAUCCUUCAGCAGAGGGUCACCGAGUGGGCUCAGGAUCUGAAGACCGUUUCUGAGAAAUGUGGCAUGCUGGGAGAGGAGCUGGGGCCGACCCUGAGGUUCCUGGGCCUGAAGAAGAAGAAGCUGGCCAGCCUGAUGCCCCUGAUUGAGUUCAUCACCUGGUCGCUCCUCAAGGAGGACUGCAAGGGCAUGCCCCAACUGUGGCUUUCAGCUAAGCAGCGCAAAUGGGAGGCGGGAACCUUGAGAUACAUCCCCAACUCAGUGUGGAGCUGGAUCUGCAGUGCUGCCUCCAACGUGACUCUGGACCCCAUGACCAACCACCCCUGGCUGCUGGUCUCCGACGACCAGAAGAAGGUGCAGGAGUCGCACACGGAGGCCGACCUGCCGUACAGCCCGCAGCGCUUCGACAGCUGGCCGUGCGUGCUGGGCUGGGAGGGCUACCUGAGUGGACGCCACUACUGGGAGGUGGACCUGGCCAACAACGGCUACUGGCGCGUGGGCGUCACCACUGGCUCCUCCAAGCGCCACGGCCGCUUCCCCAUGUGCCCCGGCAAGGGCUACUGGACCCUGUGGCGCAGCACCCGCCAGUUCUACGCCUGCACCAAGCCCGAGACCCCGCUGCCCCUGGAUCUGGUGCCCCGCCGCCUGGGCGUCUACUUGGACUACGAGGAGGGCCAGAUCUCCUUCUACAACGCCGAGAACCGCUCGCACAUCUUCACCUUCAAGGGACACUUCCGCGAGAAGCUGUACCCGCUCUUCGCACCCCUGGACGGCAGGACCCUCAUCACCAUCAAGGAGCCUAGCCAGUAAAGACACGCGCCACGCCACGCCACGGCACCUCAUCACCAUCAAGGAGCCUAGCCAGUAAAGACACGCGCCACGGCACGGCACCUCAUCACCAUCAAGGAGCCUAGCCAGCAAAGUCACACGCCACGCCACGGCACCUCAUCACCAUCAAGGAGCCUAGCCAGUAAAGACACGCGCCACGGCACGGCACCUCAUCACCAUCAAGGCGCCUAGCCAGUAAGACAUAUGCCACGCCACGCCAUGCUACGCCACGUGCCGCGCGUGUCAGGAGGUUAGGGGGAGGACUUUUGCACACCUCUGAAGAAUAGAUGCCUUUGAGAUGACCAGAGGUUAAAAAGAUGAUCAUCUCCAAAAAAAACUCUCCUGCACACUGUAACGAAUGAGGAGUAAAACGUUGCUCCGACCAGCUGCUUGGAAAAAGAACCGUGUGUGGGAGUUUUCUUUGUAUGUUUUUUAUUUGGUUGAAGUAUGUCGUAAUGAGGGGCAGUCGUCAUGACACUGUAAUUAGGCUUUUCCCGACUCAGAUGGCCCUAGGCCUAGGUAGGCCUACGUCGUGGUCUGCCAAUCCCAUCAUAUAUCUGCAGUUGUAUACUCGGCCUAUAUAAGCACUAAAUAGUAUUUAGAAAACAGCUGUUUAUCAAUCACAAUUAUGAAACAAGUUUAGUUCUAAGAAAGCUAUACAAGAAAGCUAUAUGAGAAUAGUAACCUAAGUUGUUAUAAGUAUACAUAAAAAAAUGUAUAUUCCGUUGCACAAGACUGCUGGAAAAGUCAUUUAUUGCAACUAAAAUGCACAAUUAUUAAAUAUCCAUUUUAUCUUCAUAUUUAUCAGUAUAUUAUUUUUUUGUAUAGUUGUAUGUACAUAUGUGUGUUUGUGUAUGCUUGAAUUCUGCACUUUUAAACUGUAUUGAGUAAAUUACUUCUAUGUAGGUAUUGCAUACUUCUAUGGUCAAUUAGGACAUACAGUCCACCCUGAUGUAUCAAGUAAUAUAAUUUCAAUACAGUAUAAUAUUGGACAAAACCGUUGUACAAUAUUCAUCAUGGCAAAAUAGUAACAACAUAAAACUGUUUUUGAUCGCCUGUUGGAUGAUAUUGUGCUUUUUGUUUUCUUUAUGUUGACUGAUGCAAGGCGACAGAAUCAGGAGAGAAGUGUAAAUGUAUUAAGUGCUUAAAAGUAUCUCAUUGUACUGCUUAUAUAUUUCAAAUAAAUACUAUUUU